AUGCCAACGGGAGAGGAGCCAAGGCGAGGCGCUCGUGCACCGCCGCUUCCGCGAGGCGAUCGUGCGUUGCCGCAGGAGACGGCCGCUCUCAUCUCCAACAGCUCCAGGUCCAGGAAGGAGCACAAGUGUGCCACGCUGGCCGAGUGGAUAGAUGCCGGUGGCAGUUCACACAAAGGUCUCACUUCACAGACUUCGCAGAUCAGCCUGCUGAUGCUACGCAGCGCUUCGCUGCCCAACGGUUACGGCUUCGAGUUUGAUCGGGUCCUUGGCAGAGUGGUGUUGCGACAUGUGGCUGGAGUGGUCAUUCACGGGCAGGCACUGCUGGUAGAUUGCGACGAUGUCGAGUUCGAUACGGAGCUGUCCUAUCACUACUGCACCUGGAACGAGUUUUGCCCGGCUUCGGGGAAGCAGUCGCAGACAGUGGAGACAGCAUCGGAGUCCAACGACAAAGUCAAGAGCAAGGGUGGGCAGAGCUUUCCGCGAUCUCAGGUCCAUGAAGAGCACACUCAGAAAACCCGAAGCCUUCUGGAACGUCCCUUUGGCGCCAUGGUGCUGUGGAUGAUCGGCCUGGGCUUGGGCGACGAGGGUGACAUCUCCGUGAAGGGCUUAAAGGCGGUGCAACAGAGCGCUUACAUCUACUUGGAAGCGUACACGUCCAUCCUGCCAGGGCUGGACAGAGAGACGCUGGCAGCUGCGUAUGGAGUACCAGAGAUUCUGGAGGCAGAUCGCGAGCUGGUGGAGAGCGGCUGUGAGGAGAUGCUGGAAAGAGCAAAGGAUCAAGAAGUGUGUUUUCUGGUGGUGGGAGACCCGCUUUGUGCAACAACUCACACCGACCUGUGGCUGAGAGCAAGGCAGCGGGAGAUUCCUGUGCGGGUGAUCCACAACGCCUCUGUGAUGAACGCAGUGGCUUCCUGUGGGCUGCAGCUCUAUCGUUUCGGCGAGACGGUGUCGAUACCGUUCUGGCAGGAUGGCUGGCGGCCUGACAGCUGGUACGACAAGAUUUUGAAGAACAAAAAAGCGGGGCUUCACACGCUCUGCCUGCUUGACAUCAAAGUCAAGGAGCAAUCUGUCGAAAACCUGAUGCGAGGGAGGAAAGUCUAUGAGCCCCCUCGCUUCAUGACCGUGAGUCAGGCAUUGGAGCAACUUGUGGAAGUUGAGAAGGCCAAGGCUGAGGGCGUCUCAGCAGGCAUAGCCUUCGGAUUAGCGCGCCUGGGGCGAGAGGACCAGGUGAUCCGAGCGGGGCCGGUGGAGCAGCUUGCUGAGGCCGAGUUUGGAGGUCCACUCCACUCCCUGGUCAUUUGCGCUGAUGACCUGCACGAGCUAGAGCAGGAGUUUGUCAAGCAUUAUCAGCCUCUUCCAUCCAGUAUUUGGAGGCAUUGGCGGACCACGCGGCGAGAGCCUGCGUUCUUUGCCAAGGGCCCCGAGGAAGUCGCCGCGGUCCUCCGCGGUGUGGCACCCCAUGGAGAGUGGGCACAGGAGCUGUCCUGCUGCAUUCCGCUUCACCAGGCGCCUCCCUUGGGCAGCAGCUCACUUCCUUCGGAGUCCUCUGAUGUUGAGCUUCAUUUCGAAGGACUGGGAACCGAACUUCUGCCACAGGACAUCCGCAGUGCGGCGCAAGCCCAAGGCGCUGCAAGCCCAGGAACGGAGGAGGCGGAGGAGGCGGAGGAUCAUCAUCUUCGACACGGCUUGCGCUGUAUCGUUGACCUCGGCGCGGUCAAGAAGGCGGUUGCAGAUGGUCAGGAAUUGUCGUUGCUGCGAGACGAUUUUGGAAACUCACUGCUCGACGCCAUGAUCUGCUGGCCCUCUAGCCACCUACUUAAAGACGAUUGGCCCCAGUUCUUGGAGACCGUGCAGCUCCUGGUCGCAAACGGGGUCACGUGCCAAGUCCGCAUGCACAAGCUUCUGGGCUUUGGGAACGAGCUCUCUGACCGGCUGAACAUGGACAAGCUCCAAAUAGCCCUGCACGCUGGUCUGCGGGACAAGUUCAAGGAGGAGGCCUUGCAGCAGUUCCAGCACGAGCAACGGGGUCCUUUUCCAGCUUCGCUGGAAACGUGCCUGCUGCGGCGUGUGGUGCGUGAGUUCCCACGCGAGCAGCUCCUGCGACCUGUGAAGCUGCAGUGCCUUGAGGUGGUCAAGCUAUUACUAGGCAUGAACACCCGCACCGCCAUCAACAUGGUGCGCAAUGAAAUCCACUGCAUGUAUCUGCGCAUGAGGCACCUACCCUGGCUUCUGUCUGACUAUGCGCUGGACGUGUGCGACGCGCGCGGGCGCUGCCUGGACGGCCUUGACCAGAGCGCCUCCGACUCCAAGCCGUCGGCUUUGAGCAUCUGGGCGGCGCAGAUGGAGAUGGUGCGGCAGUGGUGCACGCUACCGGAGGUGCUCGCACAGGAUGCCUUGGCCGUGCGAUUCCUGCACAGCCUUGCGGGCCCGUCGGGAAUGGACCUGCCGGGUCCGGCUCUUCGAAUCCUCGAAGCCUUCGUGCUUGGCCCGGCACUGCAUGUGCAGACCUUUGAGGAGAUGGAGCGGACGGAACUCCUGGCCUGGGAGUCCCAGCCGGACUCAGACUGGGCAGAGAUCCGUCAGCGGCUCUUGGAACAGACGCAGCGGCGUGAAAGGAGAGCUAGACCUGAAGAGGACACGUCUGUUCAGCCUUUGCCAGAUGCGGCAGAGGUAUUUCUGCUGUCGGCAAUGCUACAGCACAGGACGCUGACUCUCUCCUCCGAGUGGCAGCAGGAUCUUGCCCUCAAGCAGGGCCUGCGCAUCUGGAUGCACCUGAAGUCCAAAGGUGCACAGCAUGACCGCAACGUCAAGUUGGCUUUUCACGUCUCUGAUGGCAGCCACGACGUGGCGUCCGAGCCCGCGGCCCUGGCCAAGAUCGAUGAAAGGUGGCUGCUGUCAGCCUCCGGGCAAGAGCCCGUGAGGACGGAGAAGCUUGGUACAGACGAUGAGUGGUUGUGGUUGAUGCUACUGCGCGUCAACUCCGGUGGAAAGUGCAAGCUCCACGUUGGAUCGGGAACGCGGGUUCUCGACGAUUUGGGCGUUGGUCUUUACCACGUCUUGGUUGCUCUCUUCUGCUCCGGAGUCAUGCUUGCUGAUGGCGCCGAGAUGCUGCUCAUCUCUGCCAUCGUCUCUGCCCUGGGCCCCGAGCUUCGUUUGGGCCGACUGGCCAGGGGCCUCCUGGUGUCGACCUCCUUUGCCGGCAUGCAGAUGGGAAAUUUGCUCAGCGGGCCUCUGAGCACCAGGUUUGGACGCCGACGAAUUUGCAUUCUUUCGCUCUGGCUCGUCAGCUUCUUCGGCCUCCUCUGUUCGAUUGUGCAGAGCAUCGGCCAGCUGUUCUUCUUGCAGAUCAGCUUGGGCUGCGCUAUCGGCAUCGGCGGCCCAUCUGCGGUGACACUACUGACCGAGGCUACCCCGACUGAGCAGAGGGGGGCACUCUCCAACGCAACUGGCUUCGCUUUCGUGCUUGGAGAGGCUUGGACUGCUUUUGGCCUCCUCCUCUUCAUGCCAAACCUCCAGGGACCUUGGAGGCUCUUGUGCCUUUGGAGCGUUCUGCCAGCCUUCCUCAUGACGCCGCUGGGAUUCCUGGUGCAGGAGUCGCCCAGCUGGCUGCAGCUUUGUGGGAAGCACAAAGAGCUCGACGAACUAUUAGCUAAGAUACAGCGCCUUCAUGGAAAGAGCGGCGUCGACAUCGAGGUCCAGAAGACAUCUUCUGCCGCAUCAGCGACCCUGUCGUCCGCUUGGCACGCCAUUGUCCGGGAUGGUCAUUGCAGGACCAUUGUGCUGGCCUCUUACCUGGCCUUUCUAAUGAACUAUCUGUUCUACGGGACUACCUUUGCGUUUACUCAGAUCUUUGCUGAGAUGUCAGGGGACUGGACUAGUCCUGCCAUGGAAAUGCUCAUCAUUUCUGGUGCAGAGUUCGUUGGCAUCAUUCUCGCAUGGCUCCUGUUGCUGCAUCCAACCUUGGGCCGCAUCAGGACGCUGCAGCUGCUCUGUCUGGCCUCAGCCCUCUGCAGCGCUGCGCUGACGAGCGCCGACUACGGUGCUUUCUACGUGGCAGAUCCUGCAGCCUAUGCCUUGAAGGCUGUGGUUAUCAUCAUGUUCACCUUUCUGCUUCUGUACAUCUCCGAGGCCCUGCCGGUCUCUGUGCGAGCAUCUGGGGUUGGGCUCUGCAUGGGCGUCGGCAGACUGGGCUCCAUUGCAGCACCUACUGUAUAUGGCAUUGGCUACCAGCUGCACAACAGUGCGCUUCCGUUCCUGUUGAGCCUGGUUCUCCUGUCACUUCUAGGAACUGAGCUCGGAGCCAUCAGCGUUUGUCUCCCCAAACGACCACUGCGGGACCUUGCCUCAGAGCAGCUGGGAGGUAGCUAUACAAAGCUCUACGCCAAACUGGAGUGUGGAGCCCGCGGUGAUGACAACUUUUGUUCAGGCUCGCCCACUCUGGGCUGCUCGAUCCCGACGUGCGAGGCAUGGAGGCAGGUGGUGUCCGGAACAAUUCUGGGACUUAGGCCUAUGUGCAUGUCGGGAGCCCGAGUUGCUGAGACGUUUCGUGCUUUGAAGUCGAAGACACCGCAAGAUGUGAUCAUGCGGGUUCUUCCAGAGGUCUUGUGCACGGGAUUCAAGCCUUUGCUCGGCGCUUGGACCCGCAUGCCUAGAUGGUUCUGGCGCAUGUUCUCCGCCAAAGUUGGCGCAGUACAGCCCUCCACUACGCAGCGUACGAGGGCCAUGCUGAGGUUGCCCAAGCCUUGCUGGCGUCCGGAGGGAGCCCUUUUGCGAGAAAUUGUCGGGGAGCGGGCCCCGGCUCCAGGGCAGGCUAACGUGAAAAGGGUGCUUCCAGGAAAGUACUGGUACCAUGUAGAAAGAGGCGUCACACCUCGCGACGUGGCGCACAUGAGGUGGGCAGCUCGCAUCCCUGGGCAGGGCGAAGCCUUUGAGGCAGAGACCGUGGCAAGCCAAGGUGAAAAUCAUGGACAGCAGAUCCUGAACAUCUUCAAGACGUGGCGGCGGGCAGAGAACAAGAAGUGCAACCUCCAGAGAGACCUUGCCGACGGUCGCGGUGAUCUGGUGCCCGUGGAUGAAGCUUGGAGGUUCGCCAAGCCAAGAUGUCGUCUGCCCAAGAUGUUACGGCAAGGAGCCUGCAUGCAGCUGGAUUCCGGAUCACAACACUUAGCCAGGUGGCUCCUGUUGGUGGCUUGGCUUGGACAAGGUGCUUCUGAACGUGUGUACCGCCCUGUCGACUCGCUGGAUGCAGACAUCGGCGACGGUAGAAGUGGAGAGUCCUGCGUUGUGGCACGUACGCUCAAUCAAAGCCGGGAGGCUGUCCUGCACCUGGGUAUGCCGCCUGACUCUUUUGAAAGUAGUGACGAGCUGAUAGUGAGUUGGCAGGCUGGCUCCCGAAUAGUGGAAGGCAGAUCGGAUGGGAUCACUGUUUGGAGAUUUGAUCCCGCAUAUGGUUGGCGCGACGAGCUUGUCCAGAUUUUGUGGCUUAGUCUUGCAGGAAACGGCGAGCAAGCUGCAGUGAAGGGAGACAAGAGCGCAGUACAGCUAUGGAACAUAAGCAGUGAUCCUCGUAAGUGGAAGGCGAGUCAGGCCCUUUCCGGAUUGGAAGCAGAUCCAUUUUGGGUGUCUGCAGUGUGGUCUCCGACAGGCUGGCAGUUUGCAUAUGGCGACGGUCCCGACAUGAAGCUGUUCAGGCGAAACAGCUCGGGCUGUUGGGAGUCUUACCAAGCUCUGCAAGCGCAGUCGCUCGGCUGGUCCACCGAUGAGCAGCAGCUUGCAACGGGCGCAGGCAAUUUUCUGGAACUCUGGGACCUGGGCAAGGAUGGCCAGUUCGAAAAGAAGCAGGCAUGGCCCGUGGCCAGCGAGUGUGGCUCGAUCGCUUUCUCACCUGAUAGUGCGUACCUCGCAUGCAUGCGUUCCAACAGCCUGUCCGUCUGGGCCCGCAUCGAUGGGCGCUGGUCAGAGGAAUGUGUCUCCAAUUUGAAGCACACAAAUCCUCGCAGUUUCCAGUGGCAUCCUCUGAGCCAGAGCUUGGCUGUCUCUGCGAACGAUGGUAUCCACAUCUGGCAGGUCUUUGCGCCUGGCGGCCCCGACGGCUCUGGCGCCUGGCAUCUUAUGCACGUUCUGAGCGACCGGGACUUUACUUCUCCCGUGUCCGGCAUGACCUGGUCUCAUGACGGCCAGCAUCUCGUCUCUGGAGCCGACGCGCCGCCACUGCAGGUUUGGAGUAUCUUCGGGCCAGGGGGUUGGCAGAAGAGCCACAGCUUCGAGCGCACCACGAUCACCACACCUCGGUAUCGAUCGUCUCGGUGGACGUUAUCGGCAAAGGGGUUUGCAUUUAUCGCUACGAGACUUUGGCUCAGAGAAGGAGUCUUGGAGCACUGGAACCCGUCCGAGGAAGUUGCAGAAAGUCCGAAGUUGAAUGGAGAGAUCAUACGCAAUUACGGGGUUUCUUCAAGUGGGCUUCAUCUACUCAUACGGACAAAAAGUGGGACCGAGCAUUGGGUUGCGAGCAGUGCCAGGGGCAGCGGUGAACGAUGGCAGCUGAAUGCGAAGCGUGCGGUAAGGAGCAACUGCCAGGGUUCCAAGACCUCCAUUCGUUGGUCUCCUGAUGACAGGCGUGUAGCCCUGGCGUGUAGAUAUUCGAUUCGCAUAUACGAGCCAACGCACAAGGGGUCGCUCCUGCUCCCGUUUCUUCUAUCAGAAGCCGAAGAACGAGACAGCAAGAAUAAGAAAGGACUUCAUUACAUUGAAGCUUUGGCUUGGUCCCCCAACUCAGAUAGUAUUGCAUUUGGCCGGGCUGGGACUAUCCACACUUGGCGGCCUGGAGAUAGACAUGCAGUGCGGCACGAAGGCAACAACAAUCACACAACACCUAUUUGGAGCCUGGAAUGGUCUCCUAAUGGCCAGCUCAUUGCGAGCGCAAGUCUGGAGCAGAUCGUCGUGUGGAAGCAGAAUGUAGCAGAUGAGAAGUUUCAGCAGCUGGCUCGGUUUGCGACCGAUGCCAGGCGUUGCCCACAGCGAGCUUGGCAGUGGGACCUGGGCCCCAGGCUGGCCUGGUCCAUUGACAGCGGCUACCUGGCGACCGCAGAAUGCGACAGCAAGCUACGCUUCCGCGAUGAGAGCCUUUCCUUCCAAGUGGAGUACACGCUGCCUGUGCAGGGCCAGGUUCAAGAUAUGGUUUGGUCUCAUGGCUCGUUGCAUGUGCUCUCGAACUCCCACGCGGACGUUGACCUGCUUCAAACUUGGUCUCUUCCUGUAGGCGGGGGGGGCUUCCUUCUCGCGGCUCUAGGGUUCCACUUUCCCACAGCUAAUCCUUCGGACUGGAUGGCCAGCUUCUGCUCUUCAACGCAUGUUCGUUGCUCCUGCAAAGACGGGCGAUGCGAAGUGUCCCUAGUACUCAGCGCCGCUCAGAUCGAGUGGAGCACGCUGCAGUGCGGUGCUGGCAGUCGGCGCAUCGGUGCGGAAGUUGUUGUUAUUAGGGAGCUUGUUGUCCGUGACUGGUCUAUAGCUUCGGCUGUACCUGGGCUGCCCGACUCUGCUGCCAGCCUUUGUGAGCGCCUUUCUUCCUUCAAACAUCUUCGUUCUCUGGUCCUACAAGGGCCUACGGCCCGUGGAUUUUGGAUGUGUCCACUCUUAGCCCCGCUGCUGCGGCAGCUCACGAUUGCAGAUGCCAAACGCAUGCAAAUCCCGUCAGUGGGACUCAUUGAUCUCUUCAACUCGGCUCCCAACCUCGAGGUCCUGAACUGCACCGAGACAGCCGUGCCUUACUUGGACGGGAAGCUUCCUCGCACGCUGCGGAAAGCGGUUCUUCGAAAUUCCGGUGUGCAGGAGAUCGUGCUGCCUGAAGCUGGCAGCUCUUGGUGGCCUUCCCAUGUAGAAAUAGACCUUCGGGGGAACUUGCAGCUCUCGUUGCCCUUUCCAGUGCGGCAACCGGGCCAGUGCCAGGCGCUGCUGACCGAGAGCAAGGAGUUCAGCUUGUGUUUAGAAAUCGCUGGCUUGCAGACCGAAGCCGAUCCAAGCAAAAAGCAUUCUGUCCAUCUGCAAGCAUUUUUGGAGGACAACAACUCCUCGACUCCUGGUGCAAUGCUUCGACUCGACCGGUCUCGACUGUGCACUCCAGGUUUUGUGUGGCGAUGGUGGGGCGGGGGUUCGGGAUCUUGUCAAAGGUGCCCUCAGGGUCGUUUCAACGCAGUGUUCUCCGUGAGCCACCUUUUCGAGUGCACGCCGUGCCAAGCGAAUGAGAUCACGCUGGAAAACGCGAGUCUGUCCUCGGCAAGCGACUGCAUUUGUGAUGCAGGCUUCUUGAUGAUGCCGGGCGAGGGUUGCCGUGCCUGCAUCGAAAUAGAACAAGGAGAAAACUUCAACUGCUCCGCGCCAGGUCUCAAGUUCGAGACUGCGCCGGUCAAGGACGGCUUUUGGCGAGACCCAGCUCAUCUUCUGCCUUUGAAGUGUGCUGCUGGCAACAAGCCAAAUGGCUGCGUCAGUGGGCCUCCAGGCCACAUCUGUCGAGAUGGUCAUCUGGGCCCAAAGUGCCGCCAGUGUGCGCCAUCUUAUUUCAACAGAGGCGGCCAGUGCAUUAAAUGUGCCGCCAGCCAGCUGAAGAGCGCGACCGUCAGCUUUGCCUCUCGCUUCGGUGCAGCUGCUGUUGGUUUAUUCUUGCUGGCGGCGACUGCGGCCGCUGCACUCGCACUUUGCUGCAGGCAGCAUGCCAGCUACUGGCCGACUCGAGCUCGGCAGAACCUCGUGAAACCGCCCUCCUUGUGGAAUGCUUUGCAGCCCUACGUUCUCCGCGAAGUGCUGGCCGCCAUCCAGGUCUAUCAGCUCUUCGGAGUUUUCAGCAAGAUCCUCCCAGACCCGGACGCACGGAGCGAAGCCUCGGUCCUGGAGAUGCUGCAGCUGAAACUAGGUCCCUUGUUGCUGGAUUCUUUCCAUUUGGACUGCGUCUUCAGCUACACAAGCAGCCGCAUGACACAGCUGAUCGGCGGCUCCCUGCUUCCUUUGGCCAUUUUACUGAUGCUCUAUGUGCUGCUGGCUAUUCUCCCACUCGAAUGCCAGAGAUGCAGGAAGCUUUGGGCACAGACCCAAGUUCAGGUGAUCAACCUGCUAAUGGUUGCCACUGCAAGUUCUGUCCUUUCUGUCGGUGAAUGCGACUCAGAGAUCAGCCCGCCUAUUAUGACCUUCGUCCCCGGGGUCUACUGCAACAUGGGCACCUACUACCUGGCAGUCCUGUUCGCCGUGUGCCUCGGUGGGUUUUACAUCAUGUACGUUUGCAUGCUCCUUCUUGGAAGCUUUUCUCGAUUCAAUGAGAUUGCCAAACCGGUAUACAAAGCUGGAUAUGCCGAGUAUGCAAUCACAGAGGGGAAAACUGCCUUGGAGAUCAAGCUGCCAGAAGAUCUGCAAGUAACCGGAUAUCUGCAAUCAGCCAUUCUGGAUGCUCAUCAAAUUUUUUGCCAACAAGCAAUUCGAAAGGCCUAUCCGCACCUGGAUAUGUGUUUGCAAGCUGACCUUUCAGAAGUGAAAGCCCUCGGCACCCGACUUGUGACCAUCGAUGGCACACUUGACAUCAAGACACAGGAUCAGCUGUCCGACAUUCUCUUCGAUGGAGCCUGGGUCAAUGCUCGCUUGCCCAGCAAUUUUCAAUCUCUCGUGGUGCGGUGCUUGUUUUUGCAGUUCGAUCGAGAUGACCGCGAGGGACAUCUUAGAGGUCUCGAAGUCUUCACAAAGUUUACCCCGGACAGUUUUCAUUUCGAGCUGCUCUUAAAGAUCGGCUUCCUGCUGGUGGCUUUCAUCCCACAGCUCGAGGGCUACCAGGCCCAGGGAGCCGUCGGAGGUUUCGUUUGCAGCAUUCUGUGUCUGGGGCUCCUUGCCCAACCUUUCAGCCGACCUUCUCAGGGGAGGACGCUAUUCCUGGGCUUGGCUUCCCUUGCAUUGGCCUUCUUGCUGCUGAUGAUCUCGGGGACGCACUUUAACCUGCAGGCUGACCAUCACCUUUGCGUACUUCUCAACAUUGCUCGUGUCUUUCAGCUCGUCCCGCUGAUGCGCAUGCUGCUGCCUUUGUCCUGCAUACUUCUUCCGGAGACGUGCCGGCAGAACGAGGAUGUGUCACAAGAGCUGGCCUUUCUGCAAGUGUCCUGGCAGCACGUCGCCUACUUCAAGCGCCAGCCCUAUCGCAUACUCCAAGACGCCCAGCUCCAGGAGGUUGGAGAAACAGGGAAGGAUGGACCCAAGCUGCCCGAGCUGAACGAAGGUACUGUGGUGCUUCCCCUUUGCUGCCGGGAGAAGUUUUGGGAAGUGGAGUUGAAACAAGCCCAGAAGAUUUGGAGAGGAUAUUUGCUUGCUCACUUGCUGGAGCCAAUCGCAGUGCCACUGGUAAGCCUGCGAGAUGCGGUGGCAUGCUGGUCCAUGGAAGUGGAAGACGAGACCACUCAUCGCAUCACGGUUCAGUUCAAGGCCGCCGUCUCCCUCGCCGCGGUUGAGUUGCUUGCGCCGGCCGCUGUCACCGAGAAGGCGAUGCACCUUGCAGCCGUGAUAUCUUCCAGACAUGCAGCUACAGAUGUGCUUCGUGAUGAAGCCUCGGAAGAGCCGUUGGCAACUGAUGGAGCAGAGUCGAGCUGCUGCAGGAGCCUUCUCCAGUACCACUUGCACCAAUCCGUGCUCUCUUGUGUUCUCAUACUCACAGGAGGCGUGGUGGGUGCAGGUGCGCCCGUCAUCGUGGAGACAGAAACUACACCGUCCCCGGCCGAUGUCUGGAACUUGAGAUUGUUGGGUAAGCAAUGCUGA